CUCUCUCUCUUACAUUCCUUCUCUGCUUCUCUCCAAUUUCUCUCCUUUCUUUUCCUCACUUUUCCUCAUUUUCCCCCCAGUCAUCUUUUACUCUUCUCCUGCAGCAGCCAUGAACCAUGACAGCACAGGGUUGAGAGCGUGUGGGGCACCUCAACAGGCGCAGUGUGCAGAGUGCAUCUCUCCAAUUGUCGCACCCCUGAGAGGCCCCACAGUGCAACCACCCCUGUCGGCUAAUAUGUCCACAUCAGGAGGUGACAUCAUAUCAUCCUGAAAAAGAAAGGGGAACUGACAGCAGCUCUCCGGCCACUUCCUCUCCCCUCUGCAGUCUCACUGUCCCCAGGCUGCUCCUGCCUCAUGGCACCAAUGGUGGUGGACCUCAUUCUCUGUUGGUGGCUGGUGGCAGCGAGCAGGGCACAGCAACUGCCCCGACCCUCCCUGUCACUGCACCCCAGCCAGGGGGUGUCCCUGGGGGACCCUGUCACCCUGCGGUGCCACCUGCCCCGGCUGGCUGCCUGGGUCUGGCUGUACCAGGAAGGAGGUUGGUUGUACCCCAAGGGGAAGGAGAAGGAGCAGGACGCGGCCGAGUUCUCCUUUGUUAGCACACUGCGGGUACACGCAGGUCGUUAUCGGUGUCAGUACCGGGUGUCUGAGUCAGCCGAGGUGUCAGUGGAGAGUGACCCUGUGGAGCUGGUGCUGACAGAUCUCAGAUAUCCCCCAUCCAGCAUUUCCCUUCACCCUGAGCAACAUGUGGGAACAGGGACCAAUGUCACCAUCCGCUGCUGGAACAAGGAUUACGGGGCCACCUUCCUCCUGCACAAGGAUGGGAGCUCAGAACCUAUCCAGCGCCAGGACUCCAGUGGUGGGGGCACAGCCACUUUCACCCUCUUUGGGGUGACCCCAGCUGACAGUGGCAUCUACAGGUGCUCCUACCGCCCCUGGCACUACGCCUUCAUGUCCUCACCCCUUGGGGACACUGUGAUGCUUGAGGUGACACCCACAGCUGCACCCCCAGGUGCUGAGGAGCAGUCCCGUGCCAAUCUGGUGAUGGCACUGGUGAGGGGCUUUGUUGCUGCACUCGUCUUUGGCCUCGGAGUCUUCUUUGUCAUCGAUGCCCGCAGCCUCUGGAUACGGAGAGAUGACAACUGUGGUGCCCCCCCCAGUGACAGUGAGCGUCUGACCUACGCCGAAAUUCAUGUUGUGCCCCCUGCUUCCCAGCCACCCAUCAGCCCCCCAUUAUCUACACCCAUGUGGGCAGUGGGGGACCCCUGCUGAUACCCCCCACACCCGCAGUGCUUCAUUUUCAAGGUGCUCUGAAUGGGACACAUCCCAAAUUCCUCACUUGGAGCUCCAUGAUACAGCAAUCCCAUCCUUAUACCCCUAAAUCCCAAGAAAUCAUACAUCCCCAAAUCCUCCCGUGUGCAGCUCAUCUCAUUUAAAGUCCACCAAAUCCCUGAAUUCUCCUCUCUCACCCCCAAAUCCUUCCUGAUUCCCCUCAAAUCCUGUAACAUCCCUUGAGAUCUCUCCAUCACCUCUCUCCCUUACGUUCCUUCUCUGCUUCUCUCCAUUUCCUCUCUUUCUUUUUCUCUCUCUCCCUCAUUUACCUCCCGGUCAUCUUUACUCUUCUCCUGCAGCAGCCAUAACCUCAAUUUCCCUGGAGGUAGCAGAGAAGGCAAUAACACCAGUGCCAAAGUA